AUUUGCUUGCGAAUCGUGACUGCGCAUUUUCCUUCCAAUCUUAUCACAACAUAGCAAGAACAGCGAAACACAUAAUACCGGUUAUCAUCCCAUUCGGUAUCGUUUUCGGAUAUCAAGUGGUCAUCUUUAUAUUAAAUGACAAUAUAUUUAUAGUAAAUGUUUAACGAAUAUGUCGUUUUCUGGAAAAAAAUUCAGAAGAACUGGUGGUUCAAAUUUAGACGAUUUUUUUAAAGAAUCAAAUGCUCCUGAACAGUAUAAGAAGAUGCUGUGCUCGAACGCGCCUACGUGGUGCUACACCAUGUUGGACGCACAGACCUUAAAACUGGAGGUCCAGACGGAUAAUGGUCACUUGAAAUAUAUAUUCCCGCUGGGUGUGGAACAGGAGGUCAGGAGAGUUGACGGUGUUAAAGGGGCAUACAUGACCUUCACGUUAGAAGGAGACAACGUGCUGAAACAAAGAAUCAGAAAGCCGAACGGAACAAUUGCAAACUUCAAGAGGGAAUUCUUCGAACGAUCAGCUGUAAUGACAAUUACCAUGGAGGGGGCGGAUGUUAGAAAAGCACACGUUUUCUACGAGGUGGUUGACUGAAUACCUACUUAAAUAGCUUUAGUUGAAUUAGUUGUUUAUUAAUAUGAAAGUAUUACUUGCUAAUAUGUU